GGUUCCCUGGACUCUGUGAGCCAGCGGUGGUUGGAGCUACACGCCUGCGUCAUGGACUCUGAGGUCAGCAAUGGCUCAGGCCUGGGGGCCGAGCACAUCACAAACCUGCUGGUGUUCGGCUUUCUCCGAAACAAUGACCGUGAUUUCCACCAAGAGCUGGAGGUACUGGGGCAGGAGCUGCCCGUGCAGGUUUACCUGGAGGGGGACCGUGAAGACGAGCUGCAGACAGAUGGCAGCCGGGCUAGCCGAUCCUUCUAUCAUGGAAGAAUAGAGCCAGAUUCUGAAAGUCAGGAUGAAGUCAUCCACAACAUUGCCAGGCAUCUCGCCCAAGCAGGUGAUGAACUGGACCACAGCAUCCAGCCCACACUGGUGAGACAACUGGCCGCACAGUUCAUGAACGGCAGCCUCUCAGAGGAAGACAAAAGGAACUGCCUGGCCAAAGCCCUCGACGAGGUGAAGACAUCCUUCCCGAGGGACAUGGAGAACGACAAGGCCAUGCUGAUAAUGACCAUGCUGUUGGCCAAAAAAGUGGCCAGUCACGCACCAUCUCUGCUCCGUGACGUCUUCCGCACGACCGUGAACUUUAUUAACCAGAACCUCUUCUCCUACGUGAGGGACUUGGUUAGAAAUGAGAUGGACUGAGGGUGCCUGCAGAAGCCCGACUGGCUGAACCCCGAUAUGGCAAGAAUUGUGAAGCUGCCUCCAAAGGACUCUACUGUGACUGUAAAAGACACUGGAGUGAAGCCAGGUCCCAGAGAACAGCCGUGUCUCCCUGUUUCCAGGUGGUGGGAAUCCCAAGGGUGACUCACCUAACAUUUCUACACUCGGCUUGAGUGUACCUGAAGGGCUGACGCCAGCUCUGGCAUCCACACCAUGUACCUUUGUCUUACGGCUGUAUGGGUUCCCACUUGGAAAUUAAACCUACAAGCAGGCUGUGAGGCAGAAAAGUGAUUUGUAAUGUGACGUGACUGUGAGAAGCAGCUCUGGAACUCCGUCUUCACCAUGCAGGCGGGCUUCUCUGAGGAGAACGGUGCUAGGAGUGUGACGUCCACCCAGCCUAGUGGACACCCCAGUGCUCACAAGGCCACUACCUGCCUUUGUAAAAGCUGAAUGGCUCUUCUCAAACCGUGGGAAGCCCAACCACCCCACUCCACCCUGCCCAGGGCUUUAGCUGUUCCAGGGGUCAGCUGUUUUCCCAAGACUUCUAUCCCAGUGAAAACAUACUGAAUCGGGCACACGACUUGUCUGUGUGAGGUCAGCUGUUAUCAUCAAGCUCUUGCUAGGGAACGCAAAGAACUGACAGCCUAGUGUCAAGGCAGAAGGAACAGAAGAUCUGAAACAGCCAGUAAUCCAAACGACAAAAGGUGGCUCCCAGUCACGUCCCACACCGUCUUGGUUGUAAAGCAAAGUUGCAAAGAACCAAAGUUCUUUCCCCAGGUAUAACAUCACAGAAGAUUCUGUGUAUCAAAGCCAAGUGUCCCCUUCACUUUUAUCUACAAGGUCUCUCUGUAUCCUCAAAGGUGGGGUCAGUCUUCUGCCAAACUUUCCUAAAGCUGGGGUUGUAGGCACGAGCACCUCAGCCUGCAAGUAGUCUAGGUUUGACCUCGUCCCAGUCAUGGCGGCUGUAAUGGCUUGGGUGUAUUCUGUAACCUGGUGGGUUCUUCUUUAGUGACAUGAUCUUUGUGUGCGUAUAAUUGAGAAAUUAUUUUUAAUUCAGAGAAUAUCUUUCAUUCUGUUCUAAAAAUGUGUGAAUUACUUUAAGUGAUAGAAAUUUGAUUAUUGAGCGGGAGAGAUGGCUCAGUGAUUAAGAGUACCAACUGCUCUUCCAGAGGUCCUGAGUUCAAUUCCCAGCAACCACAUGGUGGCUCACAACCAUCUGUAAUGGGAUCCGAUGCCCUCUUCUGGUGUGUCUGAAGACAGCUAUAGUGUUCUCAUCAUACAUUAAUAAAUAAAUCUUUUU